CCCAAUAGAAUAAUAGAGCUAAACUUUGAUCCCCCAUCACAAACUACCCAGUACAUACCGACACUGUACUAUACUAUCCUACACUAUACUAGAAAUCCAUCAUCAUAACAUACACUACUACACUCAUACGCUCAUACGCUCACAUACAUUCUAAAGUCCAAAGCAACAGAUUCUUUCCACAUAUUCCACUGCAACAUUUCAAUCAUUUACUUUACCUAGGUACCUGCCUCGUUAGCAUAACCUUACGAAAACGACCAUAAAAAUAAACGACAUCUAAUCCCUCCAUUUCCAAUAAUACCGACAACCUACCUCCUCCUUACGCUUACACUUACACAUUCCAACCACGAAUAUUGGCAAUACGAAACUGGUUUUCUAUCCAAGGAGGCGUUGUUGAGAGAAGAAAGAACAAGAAACAUUCCAGGGUCGCCAUUCAAAUAGGCAUCUACCCUACCUACCUACCUACCUACCUACCUACCUACCAUCCACCUACUAGUAUUUUGCGACAAGUCACUACGCGCCCAUUGGUCUUUCCAUUUAGAGUACAUCCCAACCCAACCCCAAAUCUCAAAGCAAACGGGAGCCGCCAAAACUCAAAGUCAGGUCCGAUUAAAGUCAAGUGCGCACGAUACGGCAUCUCUGCUGUACAUUCGAAUGCGAAUUCUUUUGGAAAGAGGAAAGAACCCAUACGAAACUAUACCAAGUAUGACGUGAAGACUUUCCUUUCUCUACUUCAAUUAACAGAAUAUACUCAUCAUCGCAAUUGCCUUCUAUAAUUUACACCGUACCAUUCUCGAACCACCAAUCUCCCACCGACAACCGAAUCCGACUCAUAACUCUCUUCCCUCUUUCUUACGCCACUAUCCUCCUCUUCCGACAUUCCUCGAAUUGUUUCUUUACCUGUACAGUCUACAUUCCGGUCGAUUUCCAAUAAAAUACCCAUUUUGGACAAUACUUGUUGAUUAUUUCUUUCUCAAGUUAUAGUCUAUUCAAUCGAGCAUUCAAAAACAACCUGCGACAUAAAGGAACUCUGUAUUAGCUGGUCGGUCCCAUUUCAUCCACAACCUUUUCUCUCUAUAGAACCGAGGACUGCGACAAGAACGACGACGCGACAAAUUUCGAAAUAGAAUAAAAGAGAAAAGUUAUUCAUUUUCUGUAACGACUACAUUUCUUCAUGUCGCAAGACGAAUAAUUUCCGACAUCAGCGCCAAAAAAAAUAAGAGAUCACUCCUCAUCUUAAAUUGUCAAGCCGCGACAUUCCAACAAACAUCAUGUCGUACUCCAAUAGUGGCGGGGGCACCCUUACUAUGCCAUCACCUACACACGUUCACCAUGUUGAUGUUACCUCAGCAGUGAGAUCGCUAAGACGUUCUAUAUCGCGUUCGCCAUCCAAGUAUCGACUGGUCACUAAAUCUCCUAGCCCAUCACCAAAAUCCCCGCUGUCACCAUCUCCAUUGUCACCAUCUAAGCGCGCAUCCUCAUAUCCUGCCUUGUUCGCAGGAACAAACACACCUCACACACCAUCACCACUUGCUGUACCAUUUCCUCCAAGCUCAAGAUUGGCAGUUCGAUCUUCGUCGCGAGCCAAGACUGCCCCUCCUCGACAAGGCACCCGUCUGCGAACAUCACCUAGAAGUCCUAUGAAGCGGGCAUUGAGCCAAACAAUUGAUACUGGUAACGCGACUCCAACACCGCUCGGUUUUAUGGGUGGACAAGAAAAUUUUGGUGGUAGCAGUCCUGUCGACGGAAAGGGCCUGGAGAAGCUUCCGAGAAUGCAACUUAAUUUAGAUUCGAUUGCGCCGGCCAACCAGAAAUUGUCGCGACUAGGUGGCGAUGGAGCCAGUGAUUGCAAUACAUCCAGCUCAAGUCCACUGAAGCGCAGCGAUACAAUCAUGAACUUUGAUCAAGCAAGCCUCGGAAGUCCAGUCGCAAAGCGUAGAAGUCUUCACGGUUCUGCCAACUUUGGCCAGGACUUCAACGCCUUUGAUCCGCCACAGACAGCAGCCUCUCCAUCGCAAUUUGAUAUUCAUAGUGAUUUGAAUCACGAAUAUGAAUUAUCCGCCACAGUUCUUACUUCUGAAAAUACUGCAUCUCCUUUCACCUCGACACCUCGACGUUCCUCUUCUUUGCGUAAAUCCACAUUACUUCAAAGAAAUGGCGAGAAGACUUCUUGGGGUCGAAGACAUGCAGCUCAAAUUUUAGCUGCGCAACAAUCCGCACAACAACAACCUUUUGCGAUUGCGAACCAGGAAAUUGUUAGCCCAAGUAAGCAAAAGAAUCGUCCAAGAUUGUCUUUGGAUCAGUUCGUUGCACCCCCAAAUCGCGAUAGCCCGUUUAGUCCCCAGGGUAACCUUCCAAAUGCAUCUAUGCACGCGGUCAAUCAAUCACAACAACCCACACAUCAACCACAUCCACUUUCACGUACCAUGACAAAUUCCUCCUCUAGCUCGAGCAUCGCUGAGGAUUCACCUGUUCAACAAGUUCCUGUUAAGUUUGCUGGUAACCAAAAGUCCAAGAUCGAUUUUUCAAAAUCUUUACCUGCUGGAGCUCUAAGGCCGUUCAAUUUGGAUGCUCCUAAUGACUUCUCAACUCCCAAGAAUUUUAAAGCUGUUAAGCCAUUACCUGCUGCGUUCAUGUCGACGGGUCUCAUCUCAAAGGUCAACAGAAGACCGGAAGAAGUUCAAAUGCUUCGUGGAAACACCAAGUCAAAUGUUCCAGACACGCCAUGUAAGAAGCAGAACAACAUUUUCGGUACUUACCCAGCCGCAGUUCCAACUAGCGCCAUUGCGAAAGCUAGGCAAAUCCGGCAUUCAUUCGGUACCCCAUCAACACCCUUCAAUCCCCACGGAGCACCAGCUAUCGGUACCUUUGGAAAGGGCAGUGGCGUCUUUGGAAGUAGCUUUGGUCAACCGCGAGGUCUAACUCGACGAGGUAGCUUUCUUAGCAUCGAUGGGGACGACAUUGGAUCGCCGGAUUUCAAGACCGACAGUCAAAUUAGUGAUUUUGAUCUACCGCCAACUCCAACGAAGCAAGCCCCGAGCUUUUCUCAUUUUCAAAACGGUAGUCCUACGAGUCAUCGAUCGAUUCCGGCCUCAAUGUCUGCUGUGGGUGGCUAUAGCUUAGGAAAGAUACCAAGAUCAAGCAGUAAGUUGAACCUCUCUACGAGUCCAGGCGAGCAGGAAGAGGAAGACAGUGAUACUUCCAUCGAUAUGAGCGACUCUCCUACACCGGCCGCUGCCGGGCUUCCCUUCAGUACUUCUAUUUCUGUACCCUCCUUUUCUAGAUCCCGAGCUUUGCGGGGCAUGCAAUCUCCUUCGCCGCUGAUGGCUAAAUCUCUUACUACAUCUUUUUUGAGUCCCUCAAGACAUCCUUCAAGAAAGCCCGGUUUUGCUAAAAUUAGUCACGUGGCUCCAGCCAGUCCAUUGGAGCGUGUAGAUUUCAUCGAGAGACUGUCACCUUGUACACCUCAAGACAGCAUGUUACCGCCCGAUCCAAGUGGGCUCUCCAUCUCUAAUCAUAAGGAUGGGCAAGCUCAACUAGGUGCUAAUAGUGCUCCUGUUGCUCCACCUCCAGCCACACCAACCACUGGUCGAGAUUUUUUCGGUAAAACCAGCACCACCCCGAUUGGAAGCUUCCCACCUCGAGAUGUGGAUGAGUCCCUCGUAUCACGAUUCGACCAGGUAGAGAUGAUUGGAACUGGAGAAUUUUCCCAGGUGUACCGAGUUACCCAGAGCUCUCAAAAGGCAUCAGCAUUCCUCUUUGGCGAUACAGUCGACUCCCCAAUGAGUGGUAGAACACCACCAACACCCCAGCCACCACGUAUCUAUGCCGUCAAGAAGUCUAAACAACCAUAUCAAGGCUACAAGGAUAGAUCCCGGAAGCUCAAAGAAGUUGAGGUUAUCAAGGCACUUGGUCAGGCUGACAAUGUGGUUCACUAUGUUGACUCUUGGGAAGAGAAGAACUACUUGUACAUUCAAACCGAGUUUUGUGAAGAAGGUAGUCUUGAUAUCUUCCUCUAUCAAGUUGGUCGGAAGGGAAGAGUAGAUGAUUUCAGGAUCUGGAAGAUUUUACUAGAGAUUGGACAGGCAAGUUAAACCCUCUAUGAUUAUCACACUUGACUAACAUUUGACAGGGCCUUAAACAUAUCCAUGAUUCUGGCUUCAUUCAUCUUGAUAUUAAACCCGCCAAUAUCAUGAUUACUUUUGAGGGUGUCUUGAAAAUUGGAGAUUUUGGUAUGGCAACUUCAUGGCCUGCUUCCGAUGCAAUUGAAGGUGAAGGAGACCGUGAAUACAUUGGACCAGAGAUUCUCCUUGGACAAUAUGACAAACCAGCAGAUGUUUUCGCCCUUGGUAUGGUCAUAUUCGAAAUCGCCACCAACGUAUACCUUCCCGACAACGGAGUCUCUUGGCAACGACUAAGAUCCGGAGACAUGAGCGAAGCCCCAAGUCUUACUUGGAGUGAAGCAAGUAGCAUGCUCCGUGAUGCUAACGGCAUACCCAUCGUACCAAGCGAUGAUUCCCUGACAAGCGAUGAUGAAUUCGAUGCCGACUUUGGUUCACCAAUUGCUGCUAGCCGAAAACGAUUUACCUCAUCUUCCAAGUCAUUUGCUCAUGACGCAAGCAACCUAUUCGGUUCUUCUCGGCGUGGUGAACUUGACCAAGCUCCAGAAUUCAUGAGAGACCCUAGUCAUGAAUGUACACUCGAUAAGCUUGUUCGAUGGAUGAUCUCACCACGUCCUCAAGAUCGACCCUUGAUUCAUGAGGUACUUGAAGCAGAAGGUCUUCAAUGGGUUAGCAAUAGAAGACGUGCUGGAGCCACUGUUUUUGAAGGAAACUGGGGACCAGCGGAUGAAGUCUUAGAUGAUGCUGAGAUGAUGGAUGUUUAAAAUCUUUCAGGAUUUUGCUGCGAGCAUCGCUGUUAACAUUAUCGCCAAGUACUCGCUCGAUCCUGGAUAGGACUUGAGGAGAUUUGGAUUCACAUCAAUUUGAAUUUUAUCAUGUGUUUACGGCGUUGGCAGGAUAUCAACGGCGUUACCAAAUGAUAUCUACCUCUACUUUACGACCCACUACCCCUACGAUUCACGAUUUGCCUUCUCAGCCUAACGACCUUACUUUCUUGUAUAUAUUAUUCUUCGAACAUGAGUUCCUCGCUCAUUUUACGCAUUCACGAGACCCACAGCAUCUAAAGCAUACAAAAUCAACAUAAAAAAGACGAGAGAAAGAUAAUAUUUGGUGGGGAUCACUGAUCAAGUUAUUGAACGAUUAUCAUGUCAAGAUUAUUAUGAAAGAAAAGAGGAAGCGACUUUUUACCUUUUAUUUGUGUCUUGUUUUUGCGAGUUGAUAGGCAGGUAUAUGGAUUUGAUUACAAAGAAAGAUAGUAUCUAUCCAUGCUUGCUAUGAGCUUAACCAGAUUUUGAUUGCUUUGUAUUAGCUACGUUUCUUUUUUCGAAAGCUUUUAGUUUCUUUUGUUCUCUACAUACCCUUUUGUUCUCCAGAAACCGACGUGCUCAAAUACGAAGCACAUAAGGUUAGAAAUGUUUUGUUUUUAAUAGGGGAGUUGUGAAACGACAAAUUCCUAAUCAUAAGGGAGGAUGGGAUGGAUUGAUUGAUUGAUGGAUGGGGAAUAUAUGAGGUGUUUUGUGUUUGUCUUUGUUGAGGCAUGGGAAUGGGAUGGAGUGGAAUGGAUUGAUUUGAUGGAGUUUCCAUUUGUUGAAUUUCGUUUGUUAAGGGUGAGGAUGAAUAUGCGUGCGGGAGAGAUGGGUGGGUGUGAAGAAGAUUGAGUGGGUGAUGAAUGAUGAUGGGUGGUAGUGGUGAAUGAUUGUAGAUAUAGAGAUCCUUGAAUUGUGGAUGGAUGGGCACUUGCUUAUUUGCUUGUUUUGCUAGAUAGUCUAGAGAGACUCGGAGAUACAAUACUCUUGCUUGUAGCUAGCUGGCUGAUAUAGCUAAGAUUCUGGACUGAUUCAAGAGAAUGAAUAAGAAUAAGAAUAAAUGAUGUUGACAAU